UUUCAGAACGAGCAUCAAGAAGCUUCGUUACGGCGUUUGUAAUCUUGGAAAAAUACCGAUAAAAGAGUAUUUAACACUAAAUACGAAUUAAAACACACGCAAGAUUCCCUAACUUGCCAUAAAUACAUUAAACAUGUCCCACACAAUUUUGUUGGUACAACCGGGCCCGAGGCCGGAAACCAGGACGUAUUCUGACUACGAGAGCGUCAACGACUGUAUGGAAGGAGUAUGUAAAAUAUAUGAAGAACAUUUAAAGAGAAGAAACCCAAAUACGCCAACCAUUACUUACGAUAUAUCGCAACUCUUCGAUUUUAUCGACCAGUUGGCGGAUCUAAGUUGUUUAGUAUAUCAGAAAUCAACAAACACAUACGCACCAUACAACAAAGAUUGGAUCAAAGAAAAGAUAUACGUCUUACUACGUCAAGCAGCUGGUCAAGGAGAUUAAAUUUAUUUACCAAAGUGCACGGAAUAUUAACACAUGGAGUGUCUAUAUAGGUAAUUUGUUGAUGUAUAUCUAUAUUUAAUUAACUACCGUACUCAUAUAUUUAAUAGUUACAUAAACUAUUUCUUAGUAAUGAUUUUGUUUCGAUAACAAUUGCUACAGAAUGGGCUAAGUAAGCGUUAAAUGAAUCUUAGUUUAAUAGGGUGAUUUUUCAAAAAAAUUUAACAAAAAUGAACAAUGUUAUUAAUGUCAAACCAAAGUUAAUAAUUCUGCUUAUUGAAAUUGAAAAUUUUUACUAUGCCUUUGUUCUCAAGCAAUGCAAUAGAAAUUUUGAUGACAGUAUGUUACAAAGUCACUUAAUAACGCAUGAGAUUAAUGAUAAUGUUAAAUAAUUGUUAAGAUUUUUUUGAAAAAACCUAUUUGUAUAUGAAUCUUGCUAUUUUGGUAAUAGUAUCAUCGCUCAACCGUCAAUGAAUGGUACCCGAAUUUCAAAUUUUGUUUAUUACUUUUAAAAUAGCAUUUAUUACUAAAACAAGAAAUUUUAUAGUUAAAAAUUUCCAGUUAUUUCGUAAUUGAAAUUGUAAUCACUUAAUUUUACGGAGUCUUGUGUGGUUUUGAUUGAAUUGAAAAGGUUUUUUGUGAAUCUAACAUUAUCAUAAUAGUCAAUAUGUUACAUAGAUUAUUGUGUAUAGCACCUAGUUAUAGAUUUUUUUAUACACUAUUUCGUUCUGCCAUCAGCUAUUCAGCCAUAAUCAGACGUUGUCUUUUUUUUAGUGUUUCAGGAGAUAUUCCAUUAAAUACUCUCCCACCAUUAGUGUCUUGUAUCUAGUUACAAAUUAACUUCAUUUUGUAAUUCUUAAUUUUAUUACACAAAUACUUCUACAGAAAGCUGUGGUACGUAAAUCCUACUCUAUCAACGAUAACUGCCUGUUUUACUACCUCCAUAUAAGUACCCGAUAAACUUAUGUGGUCCAAAAUCUCUUAAGUUAUUAGAAACUUAAUUAUAAACACUCCAUGUGUAUCUAACUCUAAAAUUAAUUAGAAACGGUGAUACUUGAUGCGUUUGAUGUUCCAAUAUAGACCUUAUAUACAUAAAAAUAUAGUUGAUUAUACGGUUUUUAAAUUCAUAGUUUUAUCUGACUGUUAUAAUAUGACAUGUAAAGAAGUAGAUUAUAUUGUAAAAGUGAUCUGUCGUAGAAAAAUUAUUCUAAUGAUUCUUUUAAACGGCUUGCAGUGCACUUCUAUCUCCUCUGGUGUGCUGAUUGCUUAUCAUCAGGUGAUCCGUCUGCUUAUUUUCCUUUUCCUUAGAAAGAUCUCACUCAGAUAUGACCUUGAUCGCCAUAAGCUCAGCAUGAGCCAUCUCAGGCUUUAAUAAACUAACUUCUGUCAGCAGCCUCGCCCGCGUUUCCUUGGAAUAAAAAGUAGCCUACAUUUAUUCCAGACCAUAAUCUAUCCCUGUUAAAAUUUUAUUCCGAUUCCUUCAGCCGUUCUGACGUUAUUGAGCAAGAAACAUACAGACAAACAGACAAAUUUAGUAGUGUUAGUAGGAAUACAAGUUCAUUCUCAAAAUGUUUUUCUUUACUAGCCUUUUAUUUGUUGAAACACCGGCUCCCGGUAUAAAACACAUUAUACCCGCAACUUUCAACUGACAAGAGGCUAUACGAGUCCCAUUAAUAGGAGUGUCAAUGUCAAUAACAAACACAAUUAUCAGUAAUUUAAAUAAGAAUUAAAAAAAAAUAUCGUAAAACUCAGAAGAUAAUUGUACCCCAAUAUAUUUUCUUCCUUAAUUUAGGAAACAAAAGUAAAGAUAAGGUGACCUGAUUGCCACCUUAUCUUUACUUUUAAAUUUCUCUAUUUCAUCUUCAAGUUAUUGCAUUGACAUAAAGUCGAAAAUCCAAUAAAUAAAUUUGAUGAACACUGUUUUCAUUAUUCAUUAUUGUUUCCUAAAUUAAGGAAGAAAAUAUAUUGGGGUACAAUUAUCUUCUGAGUUUUACGAUAUUUUUUUUAAUUCUUAGUUAAAUUAAUGGUAAUUGUGUUUAUUAUUGCCAUUGACACUCCUAUUAAUGGGACUCGUAACAUAAAUAGUGAAAAGUGGGUGUUUCAUUGUAUAUACGGACCUAUGUCAGUCUUUAAAACUAUUAGACUGAUACAGAAUGUAGCCCUCGUCCCCUUUAUAGAUACAAUUAUAGUGUACAAAAAAUAUUAAUUAUAAAUAUAUAAAUUGAACUAUAACACGUCAAGUAUCACCUUGUAUUGUAAAAAAAUCUAAAAUUAUUAUCUCAUGACUUUUUUAUUUUUUGUUAGCAACACUGAUUUUUUACUAAAACUUAUGAGUCGUUAAAUUAUUUGUCGUUCACAACUUACUGCUGUAGUCGACGACAUUUAAUGAGUACUUAAACUUUGCCUUAAACUGUCAAACACCAAGCGGUCACCGGUGACCGCAACCUAUUGUUCUAUAAUUGUGUCUGUAUUGACGGUACUCGACGAGUUAAUAAAGAAUUUAUUUCAAAAACUAUACGGUAGUAUCCUAAAUUUUAGUCCGUCUGACAGAUUUUAAGAUAUUAAAUACGUAUUUUUCUUUUUACACAAAAUUAAAUACUUUAGACGAUAUAUUAAUUUUUAAAAUAUCGUGUAACGUCACA